GUUGAUCGAGAUCUCCUCGCUAUGUGUUUCACCCAGCCACGAUGACACCAGCAAGGGGGAGUAAGCAGCACUUAUUGCUCAACAUUCUAUUGAUGAUUAGUGGGUGAGAUAUUGAGAAUUAACAUAGCGAAUUCUCAUCUAGGACCAUUAUUAUUGACCUUGCUAGUCGACGAGGACCUUAAAUGAGGGGCUUUGGUUGCAAGGUUAGUGCUACACCGCAGGUUGAAGGCCCCCUUGUGAAUAUACGCUACGAUCGGUACACCGCUACCUGGAAAAAUAAAUCAUAAGAAGGCUGUGACUAAGCGACACUUCAGUGUCUGAGUUUCCCGAUUUCUGGAUCUCGUAGGAAGAAGAUUGAACUCAAGGUUCUGUCUAUCCGUGGGAUGGUGAUGGGGCAGGGAUCGGGCCGCGACACGCUUCAGCCAACUCAAAUCAGCUUGACCACAAACGACGUCAGGCCGAUCGGACACCCGCCCUUUCUGAUUCGCCGCGAGGGUGGUGAUUUAUCGAAAUAAUGAAAUAAUAAAGAUGUCUGACUUGUCAACCUCUUCUGUCUCAACCCUCCCUAUUGGCCCGUUGGUUGGGAAUCGCGGCGUGGGAGGCUGGGGGAGGCUGGGAAGCCCACCAGCACGAUGCUAUCCAAACAAAAGCCUGCUGGGCUGCAAUUCUCGUCCAUUCCAUAUCCUCAUUGACUGCCCAAGCUCCAUUACCUCGCCGAGGAAUGCUUCCAGAGUGAAACUCUUCGAGACAGUCGAAGAUUUACCCACAUUCCGCACCUGUCAUGUCGGACUCUCCUACACCUCGCAAUUUCAGUCUGCGAAACGUGAGCGCAAGCAAACCUCAAGUCUUUCGCACUGAGUCGCGGCAAUCUGUUGCUGCAUCAGACGACUACUAUUCUUUCUCGGACCGGACAGCGUCAUCCACUCCGGAAAGUCGUCUCACAGCAAUGCGCUUUGAAACUCCGCAAUCACACCACUCUUCUCAGGCAUUAGAUCCUACGGGGCCUACGACGCAACAGUCGCAACCUCACGCAAUGUCCCAGUCCACUCAACACUACCAACAACAGCAACAACUCGCGCCAGAGGACCUUGGUUCACCCCGCCCCGGUACAGCCAGUACAGUCCGCUUCGGAGAAGACCGGAUUGUUCAUAUCAGCCCUAAAUCAGAUGAUACGGUCAUGCAAAUCGCAAAUGACUACGCUGGCCCGGCACCCACGCCCGGCCUAGACGACUCGCCCUAUGUUCGCUUCGCUAUAGAUCAACUAACCCGCGAUGAAGAUGUCGGGGUUCCUCAAAGACAUGACUCAGUCUCGACCAAUCAAGACUAUCCGACUGAUCGACUAGUUUGGGAUCAGGGACUGGGAUAUUUCACUCGUGCCCGUACACCCAUUCGACACACGGAAACACCACCAAGACCGAACUUCAAAUCGCCAUCCCCUCAAGCUCUACCUCAGCGGCCAGACUCGAUUGACCCUGAGUCUUUUGUGGCAGUUGAUCCUCCAGAGCAGAGUCUGCUCUACCCACCUUUGGACUACCUUCCUAUGGUUCUGCGACCGUGGGCUUUGCUCGGUUUGAUAUUCUGCUGCCUCCUCAUGAUCGCAGCCGUGGUGUUUUGCAACAUCUGGUCCCAUCGCCACCAAGGCCUCUGGGACUAUAACGGUCAGGGCGGGACUCGAUACUUUGUCAUGCAGUUCCUCCCUCAACUUCUGGCAGCACCGAUUAUAAUUUGGACUUUUAUUGUCCAAGCUGCUGUAUACCGAAUUUCUCCAUUUGCGAUGAUGGCGGCGGAACGGAAACGAGGAUCCAUCUUGCAAGGCUUGCCCAUUCUCCCACGAAACUUUGUUUUCCCUGAUUUUUCCCAUUUCCGUUAUGGGGAACCCCUGUUUGGAUUCUCGCUUGCCACGAUUUGGCUAUCGAAUUUCUUUGCUAUACCCCUCCUCAGCUGCAUCUUCCAAACCAAGUACUAUGUCAUUGAUGGCCAAGGAGCAUGGAGAUGGACCUCCGUCCAGGCUAUCGGCUGGACGGUAGUGGCAGCAUAUGGUCUUACUGUCAUUGGUUUGCUACUGCUUGUAAUCCGAUUCGUUCGAGGCUGGACUGGUCUGAUGUGGGAUCCAAUUUGCCUGGCCGACUUGAUUUCCAUCAUUCAACGAUCCAACAUACUUCAUGAUUAUGAACAUUCAGAGACCGUUCCAUCAGUGAAACAAACUCUUGAUCCCCGUGUGCUUCGACUUGGAUAUUGGAAGCUAUCAAUGAAGCCCGAGAUAUUUUACGGAAUUGGUGAAGUGGAUGCUCCCAUUCGGACCCCUUCGUUGCACCAGGCCGAUAAGAGCCGCGAGAAACAGCCUCAUGGCAUGGUCAAAGUUCGAUUUGAUCCCGAGCACAACGGCGCCUUUGCUAAUUAUCCCUUUGAUCACCACCUAUACUCCCCAUCUACUCGUUACCGCUGGGCGCCUUGGUUCCUCCGCAAGCCCUCCGUCAUCGUGUGGACGAUCAUUGUGUUUGCGCUCUUCAUUGCCUUUGUUGCUGUCAGCUUCGUGAACAAUGCGAUCGAGGGCGGGUUCCCGCCAAAGCUACCGACUUUGCCAUCCAUAAGUGCAUUCUCCUCCUCAAACUUCCUCUACAGCUUCAUACCAGCGGUAAUCGGAAACGUCUUGUUCCUUGCAUGGCAACCGAUUGACAUUUAUUUCCGCGCCCUCCAACCCUUUGUCGAACUUUCCGCUCCCACCGGCGCAUCCGCCGAUAAGAGUCUCCUCCUUGCCUACCCAUCCUCCCUCCCCUUCCAAGUCACCCUCCAGGCCAUCAUCAACGGACACUUCAAGGUAGCCUGGCUCUCAUUCAUGAGCCUUGUCUCUGUGGCAAUCCCCAUCCUCGCCGGUGGCGUAUUCAUUGCGCUCUGGUACCCGGAUCACGAAGAGGUCCGUAUUUCCUCGCUGAUGCCAGCCUACUACGCCCUUAUCGCGUUUUGUGGCCUUUAUGCCGUCUCAUUCUUGGCAAUCUGGCCUGGUCGUUGCCGCUACCUCCCACACAAUAUAACCACUCUCGCCGAUCUCAUGAGCUACUUCUAUCAAUCCCCCCUUCUUGCGGACAAACUUCUCCGUGAACCGCGCAGCAAAACCGAUCUUGUCACUCGUCUUAUUGUUGCCCCUCCCUCUGAGCGAAUGUUGCCUAUGUAUGGCUUUGGAAUUUACGUCGGCCGCGAUGGAAAGGAGCAUCUUGGUAUUGAUCGCUUCCAUCGACCUGGCCGUACGGAUAUGUUGAUUACGACUGGAACGAUGAAAACCUGAUGUUACUGCAUUCUGAGUUAUGCUCCCCGUUAUGAUAUACGAUCUGCAUUGCUUCGCUAUGAGCGAUUGUUCAUUUUUCCUGUUUUUCUUUGGGACCUGAUCUUGCUAUGUGAUUUAUCCAUCCAAAGCUGCGUUGAUGAUACGUUUGUGAUUUUUUUUGCCUUUGAGUCUGCGUUUAAGUGGCGGCAUUCCUGGCGUUAACUGACUUCUUUUUUCCCAUUGACCUCCUUGAUGUCUAGAAAUCUAAAAGAUGGAUCUUUCAGGUAAUAGAAUAAUGAUAUAAAUAGCGAAUUCAAUUCCCUUGUGAUGAAGCACA